AUGACGACGGAACAAAAGAUCCUCCCCAAGAAGGGUGAGAGGAAUAUCCUCAUCACAAGCGCUCUUCCCUACGUAAACAACGUUCCCCAUCUGGGCAACAUUGUCGGCUCUGUCCUCAGCGCAGAUGUAUUCGCAAGUUAUGUGGCCCUCCCCUAUAUUAAAGCAAAAAAGAAGGCAUGCGGCAGACCUACGCUAUACGUCUGUGGUACCGAUGAGUACGGCACAACAACAGAAACCAAGGCGCUGGAGGAAGGUGUGACACCCGAGGAACUCUGUGCAAAAUACAACAAACUCCACCGGGAGGUCUACGAGUGGUUUGAGAUUGGUUUUGAUGUCUUUGGCCGCACACCGACGGCUCAACACACGGAAAUUUCUCAGGAGAUCUUCAAGAGGCUGUAUGAGAAUGGGUUCCUAACAGAAAAGACCGCCGAACACCCCUUCUGUGAGAAACAUGACUCGUUCCUCGCGGACCGCUACGUCGAGGGCGAAUGCCCACGCUGCGCGUAUAACGACGCGAGGGGAGACCAAUGCGAUAAAUGCGGGAACCUUUUGGAUCCCUUUGAACUGAAAAAUCCCCGCUGCAAGCUUGACGGAGCCACUCCUGUCCUCCGCAAUACGAGGCACAUCUACCUCAUGCUUGAUAAGCUGCAACCGGAGAUCGAAGCAUGGGUUCAUCCUGCCAUAGAAAAGGGAGACUGGCCUAAAAACAGCCGCGUGAUUACUGAGUCAUGGUUAAAAGAGGGCCUGAAGGAUCGUUGUAUCACCAGGGAUGUGAAAUGGGGCGUCCCGGUCCCCCUUGAAGGAUAUGAGAAGAAGGUCCUCUACGUCUGGUUCGAGGCAUGUAUCGGAUACCCCUCCAUCACUGCAAACUACACACCAGACUGGGAGCUCUGGUGGCGAGAUCCGGACAAUGUCCAACUGUACCAGUUUCUCGGCAAAGAUAACGUGCCAUUCCACAGCGUCAUCUUCCCAGGCACCCAAAUUGGAACCAGGGAUAAAUGGACCAAGCUCCACCACCUUAGCACAACCGAAUACUUAAACUACGAGAACGGCAAGUUCAGCAAGUCCCGCGGCAUCGGCGUCUUCGGUGACAACGCACAGGAAACAGGCGUUCCAGCAGACGUCUGGCGCUACUACCUGUUAAAGAACCGGCCAGAAACUGGCGAUACACAGUUCGAAUGGCGCUCUUUCGUCGAUGCCAACAACAGCGAACUUCUCGCAAAGCUGGGAAACCUGGUCAACCGCAUGGUCAAGCUGGUCGCAAGCCCGAAAGCCUACAACUCCAUCGUCCCCGACUUCACCGUCACGGAACCCUUCAAACCCGCCCUGGAGGAAAUCACCACCUUACUCCGCCAGUACAUCACGGAGAUGGAAAGCGUGCACCUACGCUCCGGCGUCGGGACAGCCAUGAAGAUCGUCGAAGCCGGCAACGGCCUGAUCCAGUCCAACAAGCUCGAUAACUCCCUGAUAGCCAACGAGCCCGAGCGCGCGGCCGCCGUCGUCGGCAUCGUCGUCAACCUCAUCUACCUUAUCUCCAGUAUCUUCAGCCCGUACCUGCCAGCGACCUCGGCAUCGAUUCUCGAACAGCUCAACGUGCCCUUCACGAAUAUCCCAUCGCUCGACGACCUGAAAGACGAAGGGUGGGAACCCGAGCUGAUCAAACCGGGCCAUAAGAUUGGGAAGGCGAAGUAUUUGUUUUCACAGAUCGAUCCGAAGAAGGCGGAUGAGUGGCGUGAAAUGUUCGGGGGGUCGCAGGCGGAGAGGUUGAAGAAGGAAGAGGAGGCUGCGAAGGCGUUGGCGAAGAAGGCGGCGACAAAGGCGAAGAAGAAGGAGAAGAAGAAUAAGAAUAAGGAUAAGGAGCAGGGUGGUGGUGGUGGUGAGGCUGCUGCUGUUGAGAAGCUGGCAGAUGGAGUUGCGCAGACUACUAUUUCCAAUUCUUGA